CUACCAGUUAUCCAUACCAUUCCAAUCACAUUUCAGACAAGCAUCUUCAAUGGAGGCGAAGUACAUUGUAGCAAUAAUCUGCAUACUGGUUGCCGUAGCCCUUGUUUCAAUACUGUUCUUCAAAUUCAAGCAUAAACUUCUAGUUACACGCUUGAUCAUUGCAAUAUUGCUUUCACUGUGUUCUGCAUGCAUCUGUUUGGCAGUUUGUGGAAAAAGUGAAUUAACCGAUGAAAUAUGGUGUCCUCUUUUAAUUAGUUUCACAAUUUUGGAAGAUAUAGUAACAAUUAUUUUUAUAUUCUUGACAAGGAGAUUGAAAAUGAAGGUGGAAAUUGCACUGUGGACUUUGUCAUUGGUCAGUGUGGUUAUCGCAAUCGUUUUGACUGUUGUCGGUUGUGAUAAGAACAUCUGCGCAGUAAUAGCAGGUGGCUUCUUCAACACUACUCUGUCUUUGAUCACAAUAAUUUUUGCGGACAUGUUCAAAUGAGUUUCGUAUCAGAUAUCUGUGUGACAGUGUCUUACCAUACAGUGAGCCGAAUUUGUAAUUUCGGAU